AUGAGUGAAUCAUUGUUUAAUAAUGCUGUUAGUUAUUUAAAUAGAACUAAAAUACCUGGCUUAAAAGAUGAACAACAAUUAUAUUUCUAUGGUCAUUUCAAGCAGGCCACUCAAGGAAAAUGUAAUACUAAACAACCAUCAUUCUUUGAUUUCGUUGGUAAAGCUAAAUGGAGUAGUUGGUCAAACCUAGGUGAUAUGAGUAAAGAAGAUGCAAUGAAUAAUUAUAUUAAGAAAUUAGAUGAAUUACAACCAAAUUGGAGAGAAUCUAUAAAUGAUACAGCAACAACAACUACAGCUUCAACAACAACAACAACAACUAAUACAUCGAAUACAACAAAGACAAAAUCAUCAGAUCAAUCAUUAAGUGAUGACGAUGAUGAAGAAGCUAACAAGAAUGAAAGUUUAUUUGAAAGCAGUGAGGAUGAAUCAUCGAGUAAAAGAGGUGGAGCAAUGGGUCCUAUCAUGAGUAGAUUCAAUAUUGCAUCGGAGGAAAACAUGGUUUCAAAGACACAUGAUAAAGAAGAUAUUGUAUAUUGGUCAUCUUGUGAUAAUUUAAACAAGGUAGAGGAAUUGUUGAAAGUGAGUAGUGGUAAAUGUAUAAACGAUAGAGAUUCAGAACAAAAGACAGCAUUGAUUUGGUGUUGUGAUCGUGGAAAUCUAGAGAUUACAGAGUUAUUAUUGAGUGGCGAAUAUCAUGUAGAUAUCGAUUGUCAAGACGAUCAGGGUAUGACUGCACUUCAUUAUGCUGCAAUGGGUGGAUUCGACGAUAUCGUUGCACUGCUAUUGAAACACCAUGCAUCGACAGACAUCAAAGAUAACAAUCAAGAGACCGCUCAACAACUUGUAGAUCCAAUGGAACAUCAUCUAAUUGAUUUAUUCAAUAAAUCAAAAAUACAAUAA